GCCGUUGUCUCCGGCCCCGCCCACGCCUAUAAGAUGCUGCUGCGCAGCUUCCGUAGUUCUUCUCUUAUGCGAACCGUGAGGUGGACUAUCUGGGUUCUAAAGCGAAGCUUCUUUAUAGAGAACCAUGGCUGAGUUGCAGGAGCGUACCUUCAUUGCCAUCAAGCCUGAUGGUGUGCAGCGUGGCAUCAUUGGUGAGAUAAUCAAAAGGUUUGAGACAAAGGGCUUCAAACUUGUGGGCAUGAAGAUGCUCCAGGCUUCUGAAGACCUUCUAAUGCAGCACUACAUGGACCUUAAGGACCGACCCUUCUUUCCUUCUCUUGUCAACUAUAUGAGCUCUGGUCCAGUGGUUGCCAUGGUCUGGGAAGGAAAGGGAGUGGUGAAGACUGGCAGAGUGAUGCUGGGUGAGACUAACCCUGCUGACUCCAAACCUGGAACCAUCAGAGGAGACCUCUGCAUUGAUGUCAGCAAGAACAUCAUCCAUGGCAGUGACUCAGUGGAGAGUGCCAAAAAGGAGAUUUCCCUGUGGUUCAAACCAGAAGAGCUGGUCAACUACACAAGCUGUGCCUUCAGUUGGCUCUACUGAGCUGUUCAGGGUCCCUCUCCUCAGAUCUUCCAACAGUUUGCCUCAGACUUCCUGUCCUUGCCUGUAGCUUUGAGGAACACCACAUUCCCCCACCCAUGUACCAAUCAUGAUGUACGUGGAUGUGGUCUUGGCAUGGACCCCUUGUCAUUCCUGUGUGUUAAUUCCUGGAAAAACCUUCCAUCCAGUCCUCAACAUCUGUAACUGUAACUUGUUGACAAUUUUGGUAGAGCUUGAUCUGUUUUGCAAUAAAGGCACAUGAUCCUAA